AUGGUGCUCACCGUACGCCUGCAAAACUCCCUCAUCUGCUCGUCACUCGACUCGUCACGCGGCAAAGCGGGCCCCACAUACCGAAAAUCCCGAGCCCCCGAGAACCAUUGGCGGAACCUAAAACCUCCCAUUGACCUGCUCCUCAGAACAUCUCCAAUUUUCCGAGUCCCGUUCACGCACAGCUCGAGGUCAAUCGGGUUUCUAAAUGGAGGCCAGCCUAAGAGAGCCCGAAGACAAGGGCCCGACUAUUUUCUCCAUCAGAGUUGCAACAGUGACGAAUACGGGCCGGGCCCGGGAAGUGAAGGGGACGAUAUUCGAGGCGGCCUCGAGAUAAAAACCGGAACUAGUGAUGCCCACGACCUGGAGAGUGGUGUGCUAUGGGAAUUCCCCAUGAGGCGAGAUAAGGCCGGGCCCCGAUUCCGCUCAGUAACAGAAGUUGCGGGCUUCCGAGGGCCCCGGCACAUAACAGGACUUCGCCGUUGUUCUGUACCAUGGCGUGGUGGUAAAGGCCCGUUUGAUCGCGAAAGAUAA